CAGCGGCAUCGAGCGUGGAUUGGUGGGCACGCGGUAUUCCCUCUCGUGUGCUUGGAGAAUGGGCGUGCUCGGGGAAGCUCGGUCAUGCAGCGUGGGCGCAGUGUGUAGAACACGGGUAUAAAAGCUCGAGCAGAGCGGCGGGAGAUGCAGCAGACAGCAGCUCAAGCAACUCAAGCAGCUCACGCGCUCGGCUCACACUCACCGGCAGCAGCAGCAGCAUCAUGGUUCUCAUCUGGACUCAGUUCGGCGUCAAACACAAGAAUGUCAAGUGCAAAGUGCGAGUGAUCCACGGAGAGGAGGGAUUGGCCUCAGAGGAAGUGCGUGAAGAACCCGAGGUGUCUAGUCCCCCGUCCUCACCAGAGUGUGUGGAUUACUACUCUGUGCUCGGCGUGUCAAGUGACUCUAAUGAGGAGGAGAUCAGACGGGCGUACAAGCGUCUGGCGCUCCGUUACCACCCAGACAAGAACCCAGACGCAGACGCCGAGGACAAAUUUAAACAGAUUGCACAAGCCUACGAUGUUCUGACAGACCCAGAGAAACGCAGCAUCUAUGAUCAACAAGGUUUGACCAAAGGGGGUGUGGCUCCAGCUGGAAACAAAAGUGACCCCUCUCACAGCUCCUCGAAAGCUGACGCCCACUCCUGGCACAUGUUCUUCAACUUCGACCUCGACUCCGAUGAUGACCUGUUUAACCCCUUCCUGCGGAACCCCCUGCCCCACCUCAGCCGUAACCAUGGAAACAAGGGUGGGCUCAAGCCAUCGGGCGUGGCCGAAGUUCACGAGCUCCUCGUGUCACUGGAGGACAUUUUGAUGGGCGUGACGAAGCGUGUGAAAGUGACACGCCUCCGGCAGACGGACAAACACGCGUUGAGACCGGAAGAGCGCGUGUUCGACGUGGAGGUGAAGAAGGGAUGGAAGGAGGGCACUAGGAUCACCUUCCCCAAGGAGGGCCAUCAGAUGCUCGGCCACGCCCCAAACGACCUGGCCUUUGUUAUUAAGGAAAAGAAGCACACCCAUUUCAGACGAGACGGCUCGCAUAUUGUGUACACCACCACCAUCACGCUGCGAGAGGCUCUAUGUGGGUGUACGGUUAACAUCCCUACGCUUGACGGACAGAUGAAGCCCCUCCCAUGCAAUGAUGUCAUCAAGCCCGGCUCAAUGAGAAGGCUAAUAGGGGAGGGGCUUCCCCGUGUGAAGAACCCCGCCCAGCGUGGAGACCUGCUGGUCGAAUUUCAAGUCGUUUUCCCUGAUCGCAUUCCCCCGAGCAGCAAAGAAAUCAUCAAACACAGCUUGGGACAGUGUUAACUAAAGAAAACAUGCUCAUUUUGGUGACGGAUUUAACGUCAGCUGUUUGUCUCUGUGAGGCACACACACUCUGCGUUGAUGGUGCUACUCUGAAGUGUUAGCAUACUUCUUUAACCAUGACGACCUUGUACUCACGUACAGAACUGUCAGUGAUUUAGUCUCUAUGAGAGAUCCCUGUGUCAUGUUCCAAUGAAUUAUUUGUAAAAAUUAUAUCGAGAAAAUGUGAAUUUCAGAUAUGACCUGGCAUGUAUGAUGAACGCAUGUUUUGUAAGCAGAAAUAAAGUUUUGUUAAUGAAA